AUGCCAACGACAACCGCGUGUUUCAUAUGGAGAAAAGAAAAUCUUGUGGGAAUUUUACGAGCAGCAGUGCACGAAUAUUCAAAUAAAGUAACAGACGAUCAGUCAACCGCAGCUCAAACAUGGUGGAACUCACAUAUUACAAAUCCACUUGCGACACAUGGACUUGUUCAGUCACACCCUGCACUCAGUGGCGGAAUUACACGCACAGGUCCAUCCCGGAUAUUGAAUUCAACUCCAAGAACGCCACCAGCAAGUAGCGGACUUAGGACACCAGGAAGUUCUGGUGGAUUUCCAUCGUUCGUUAAUCCAAAUCCAAAAUCACCAUUCCGUCAUUUAGACUUCAGUUCGAGUGCAACAGCUGAGUUAAGAAGAAAUCCAAAUUUGUCGGCACCUGAUGAAUGCGCGCGUGCUUGUCGUGAAGGUGAACCACCGAGAAUCUGCUAUUACCAUUUCACGUUAGAAUAUUACACCGUAUUAGGGGCAGCUUGUCAAGUGUGUACGCCAAAUGCCACAAAUACUGUUUGGAGUCAUUGUCAAUGCGUGUUAGCUGAUGGUGUUGAACGUGGUAUAUUGACAGCUAAUCGUAUGAUUCCAGGGCCAAGUAUUCAAGUCUGCGAAAAUGACAGAGUCGUCAUUGAUGUUGAAAAUCAUAUGGAAGGUAUGGAAGUUACAAUCCAUUGGCACGGAAUACAUCAAAGAGGCACACAAUAUUACGACGGUGUACCGUUCGUGACGCAAUGUCCAAUUCAACAGGGAAAUACAUUCAGAUAUCAAUGGAUUGGCAAUGCAGGAACUCAUUUCUGGCAUGCACAUACAGGGCUGCAAAAACUUGACGGUCUUCAUGGAUCAAUUGUUGUCCGUCAACCACCGUCACGCGAUCCAAAUUCACAUUUAUAUGACUUUGAUUUGACUACUCAUGUCAUGCUUCUAAGCGAUUGGUUGCACGAAGAUGCCGCUGAGAGAUAUCCUGGACGUUUAGCAGUUAACACUGGUCAAGAUCCCGAAUCAAUGUUGAUUAACGGUAAAGGUCAGUUCCGUGAUCCCAACACUGGAUUCAUGACGAACACACCUUUGGAGGUUUUCACAAUGACGCCUGGAAGACGAUACAGAUUCCGAAUGAUUAACUCAUUCUCAUCGGUUUGUCCAGCUCAAAUAACAAUUGAAGGUCAUCAACUAACUGUAAUUGCCACUGACGGUGAACCCGUGCAUCCAGUUAAUGUCAAUACCAUCAUCUCAUUCUCAGGCGAACGUUACGAUUUUGUAAUCACAGCAGAUCAGCCAGUUGGAGCUUAUUGGAUUCAGCUUCGAGGUUUGGGUGAAUGUGGCAUUAAACGUUCACAGCAGCUUGGAAUCCUCAGAUAUGCUCGAGGUCCUUACCAACCCGCAUCACCAGCACCUACUUACGAUGUUGGAAUACCUCAGGGAGUUGUAAUGAAUCCGCUUGAUGCCCAAUGUAAUAUGAAACGAGACGAUGCGAUUUGCGUGAAUCAAUUGAAAAACGCACGCCCAGUAGAUCCAGCACUUCUUCAAGAGAAGCCAGAUGUGAAAAUCUUCUUGCCAUUCCGUUUCUAUCUUUACCGACCGGAAGAACUUUUCCAGCCCAACACGUACAACAGAUUUUUAGUUGCGCCAACUGGAGAUCAUGUAAUCUCACUCAUCGAUGAAAUUUCUUAUCUUUCACCACCCACACCACUCUUAUCGCAAUAUGAUGACAUUAAUCCGGAACAGUUCUGUAAUGGUGAUAAUCGACCAGCUACGUGUGGGGCCAAUUGUAUGUGCACACACAAAGUUGAUAUUCCACUUAAUGCUAUCGUUGAAGUCGUUUUGGUCGAUGAAGUACAACAGCCCAAUUUGAGUCAUCCAUUCCAUUUGCAUGGUUAUGGCUACAAUGUUAUCGGUAUUGGUCGAUCACCCGAUACAACAAUUAAGAAAAUUAACUUGAAGCAUGCCCUCGAUUUGGAUCGUCGCGGUUUACUGCAUCGACAAUAUGAUCUUCCGCCACUGAAAGAUACAAUCGCCGUGCCAAAUAAUGGCUACGUUGUGAUGAAUCCGCUUGAUGCUGUUUGCGAUAGAAAACGAGCUGACGCUGUUUGCGUGUCGAACUUGAAGAAUGCAAAGAAGACUGAUGAAGAAAUUCUCGCUGAACGACCAGACAUUAAAAUUUUUCUCCCAUUUCGAUUUUAUUUUUAUCGUGUUGAAGAACUUUUCCGUCCACAAACAUACAACAAAUUUCUGGCUGUGAUAGGAGGCGAUCAUCUCAUUUCACUUGUUGAUGAAAUUUCUUAUGUGUCACCGCCUGCGCCAAUUAUUUCACAGUACGAUGACAUUGACCCCAAUCAAUUUUGCAAUGGUGACAAUCGUCCAUCCGAUUGUGGACCAAACUGUAUGUGCACACACAAAGUUGAUAUUCCUUUAAAUGCCAUCGUGGAAGUUGUUCUAGUCGAUGAAGUUCAGCAAGAUAAUCUCAGUCAUCCAUUUCAUUUGCAUGGCUAUGCUUUCAAUGUUGUCGGCAUGGGUCGUUCACCAGACACAACUAUCAAGAAAAUUAGUUUAAAGCACGCUCUAGAGUUGGAUAGACGCGGUCUCUUGAAUAGACAGUUUAAAGGUCCGCCACUGAAAGAUACGAUUGCCGUGCCAAACAAUGGCUAUGUCGUGCUGAGAUUCAAAGCUAAUAAUCCAGGAGCUUGGCUAUUUCAUUGUCACUUCCUGUUUCAUGUAGCCAUAGGAAUGAAUCUUAUUAUUCACGUAGGAACACAAUCUGAUUUACCGCCAGUGCCACCCAAUUUUCCUACUUGUGGUCAUCAUCUUCCGCCGAUUAAACAUCAUUAGUCAUUUUAGAGCAAUAUUAAUUAAGGAAUUUUUAUGAUUUGUUUCUCCAAGUUGAAUUUUUAGAGAAUUUCAUGUGUCAACUCAGUGAAAGUUAUGUUUCUUGUUAUGUUUUACAAAAAAACCCAAUGCUAAUAGACAGCAUAAAUUCUGUAUUAUCAUCAUGUCAUAACUUUGAACUUUCAAAGUAACUUUACAUCAAAGAAAUUUAAUUUCUUCGUGCAUACCUAAAAAGUUUUAAUUUUAAACUCACAACUCGGUGUGCCGUUAACGUUUAAGUUUUGUACAUAAAUCUACUACUUUAUGAUUUUUUAUGUUUAUUAUGCUCUCUUUUUUCUUAUUGAAAUAAAAACAAAUGUGUAAUUAAA